UGGUGAAAUACGGACCUAGGUUAGCUAGCUGAGCUGAUCAUUCAUAUUUUGUGUUGUUAGUUUUCAUUUAUCACAAGGAAUGAGAGAACUUAACACUAGCCAAUAGCAAGCAAUUAGUUUUGGUGGACAGGACAGUUUACAUGUUCAAAUGUUUCUUUCUUCCUGACAAGUAACAACUUGUAUGUUGUAUUGUAUCAUUAUCACUCACUGCAGACUACUGCAGCCUAUAAUAUUAUAUCACGAGAUUCACAAAAACAAGAACAACCUUAUCAUCUCGGUCCCUCCCUCUCUCCCCAUCGCUUGAGACAGUUUGUUUGCUGCAAUUAUGGGGGAAUCGAGUGAUGCUGAUAACGGUGGGGUUAUUGAUCAGCAAAGAGGCUACUGGCGCUGGAGCAAAGAUGAUUUCUUCCCGGAGGAGUCAUUCCAGAGCUGGCACAGCUACCGGCUUGCCUUGUCCCAGACGUGUUCCCGCCUCAAGGACAGAAUCACCACCAGGUCUGAUGAUGCUAGCGAGCUUGGGGAGCUCCGCAGACGGAGCGAGAACGACAUGAAGCGUUGCCUCACCUGGUGGGACCUCACUUGGUUCGGCUUUGGAUCUGUCAUCGGAGCCGGCAUCUUCGUGCUCACCGGCCAAGAGGCCCGCGAACAUGCUGGCCCCGCCAUUGUCCUGUCCUACGUGGCUUCAGGGAUAUCAGCCAUGCUCUCUGUCUUCUGCUACACCGAAUUCGCGGUAGAAAUCCCAGUCGCCGGCGGUUCCUUCGCGUACCUGAGGAUAGAGCUGGGAGACUUUGCCGCUUUCAUAACGGCGGGAAAUAUUCUCUUGGAAAGCGUGGUAGGAACGGCAGCAGUUGCCCGAGCUUGGACUUCCUACUUCACUUCCUUAUUGGACAAGCCCACCAAUUCACUUCGGAUCCACACGAACCUGACAGAUGGCUACAAUCUCCUGGACCCCAUUGCCGUGGCCGUUCUUGUUACCGCUGCCAUGAUCGCCAUGAUCAGCACGAGGCACACUUCCUACGUCAACUGGAUAGCUUCGGCAAUCAAUACCGUGGUGAUCCUAUUUGUGAUCAUCGCCGGGUUCACCGAAGCCAAUCCUUCCAAUCUGACGCCUUUCAUGCCUUUUGGGGUGGAAGGGAUAUUCCAAGCAGCUGCAAUCGUGUAUUUUGCGUACGGAGGAUUCGAUAAUAUCGCAACGAUGGCCGAGGAGACAAAGAAUCCGUCAAGAGACAUACCGCUGGGGCUGCUUGGAUCCAUGUCCAUCAUCACUGUGAUAUACUGCCUGAUGGCACUUUCGCUCAGCAUGAUGCAGAAGUAUACUGACAUCGACCCGGGGGCAGCCUACUCGGUCGCGUUUCAGAGUGUGGGGCUGAGGUGGGCAAAGUACUUGGUGGCCCUGGGGGCCCUCAAGGGGAUGACCACCGUCCUCCUCGUGGGAGCACUUGGGCAGGCACGGUACACCACGCACAUCGCAUGGGCACACAUGAUACCUCCUUGGUUCGCCCUGGUGCACCCGAGAACUGGAACACCCAUCAAUGCCACGCUCCUCAUCACCAUCUCCAGCGCUGUCAUUGCUUUCUUCUCGAGCUUGGAUGUCCUGGCAGCACUGCUAUCUGUGAGCACGCUCUUUAUCUUUAUGAUGAUGGCAGUGGCACUCCUGGUGAGGAGAUACUACGCGAGAGAAACCACACCGCAGAGGCAUCUCGUGAAGCUAGUUGUCUUCCUGCUGAUCAUUGUGGCUUCCUCCAUGGGCACCUCAGCCUACUGGGGGCUGAACCCGAGCGGAUGGAUCGGGUAUGUCAUAACAGUCCCUAUCUGGUUCCUGGCUACUGCAGGGCUAGCCCUUUUCCUUCCACAGCAGAGAACUCCAAAGGUCUGGGGGGUUCCUCUGGUCCCGUGGCUUCCUUCACUGUCCAUUGCGACGAACAUCUUUCUCAUGGGGUCCCUGGGAUCCGAGGCUUUCAUCAGAUUCGGAAUCUGCACCCUUGUAAUGCUCCUUUACUAUCUUCUUGUUGGUCUUCAUGCGACCUACGAUAUCGCCAUCAGCACCGCAGCAGAACCGACAUCAGAGCCAGAGCCGGACUAGUACCGCAUGCCAAAGAAGGCCCCUGACACAUACAAAUCUGCUGUCGUGUUGUUCUUAGCUGAUUAUGUAUGCAUGCAUGCAUAAUCAAAUGUUUGAUGGGAAAGUGAGGAAUCGAGCUAGUGCCGUAACUUGUCACUCUGGCUGGCUGCCUCCACCGGCCUGCCUCAUGCUUAUUAUAAUGUCAGUAAAGUUCAGCAACAAUGUACAUAUACGUAUCCUAAGUCCAGUGCGGUAAAAAAGGUUCACAUUGUUGAACUGCUCGAUGCAUACAGCCCUCGACUCGUCGAAAUUUUUAUAUUAGAGAGACCGAUCUAAUUGAUCCAAA